CAAGCAUUCAGAAUGAGUUAUCCCAGCCCCCAACCAUCACCAAGCAGUCAGUGAAGGACCACAUCGUGGAUCCCCGUGAUAACAUCUUGAUUGAGUGUGAAGCAAAGGGGAACCCUGCCCCCAGCUUCCACUGGACUCGAAACAGCAGGUUCUUCAACAUCGCCAAGGACCCCCGAGUGUCAAUGAGGAGGCGAUCUGGGACCCUGGUGAUCGACUUCCGCAGCGGGGGGCGGCCCGAGGAAUAUGAGGGGGAAUACCAGUGCUUCGCCCGCAACAAAUUUGGCACAGCCCUAUCCAAUAGGAUCCGUCUGCAGGUGUCCAAGUCUCCCCUGUGGCCCAAGGAAAACCUAGACCCUGUCGUGGUUCAAGAAGGCGCUCCCUUGACGCUCCAGUGCAAUCCCCCGCCCGGACUUCCAUCCCCAGUCAUCUUCUGGAUGAGCAGCUAUCCCAGGGCUGCACCCACUGAUGUUAAAAUCCGAGUCCUGAACAGCACAGCCAUCAGCCUUCAGUGGAACCGCGUCUACCCCGACACGGUGCAGGGCCAACUCAGAGAGUACCGAGCUUACUACUGGAGGGAGAGCAGCUUGCUGAAGAACCUGUGGGUGUCUCAGAAGAGGCAGCAAGCCAGCUUCCCUGGUGACCGCCCCCGGGGCGUGGUGUCCCGCCUCUUCCCCUACAGUAACUACAAGCUGGAGAUGGUUGUGGUCAAUGGGAGAGGCGAUGGGCCUCGCAGUGAAACCAAGGAGUUCACCACCCCGGAAGGAGUACCCAGUGCCCCCAGGCGUUUCCGAGUCCGGCAGCCCAACCUGGAGACAAUCAACCUGGAAUGGGAUCAUCCAGAACACCCCAAUGGGAUCCUGACUGGAUACACUCUCAAAUACGUGGCCUUUAAUGGAACCAAAUUAGGAAAGCAGAUAGUGGAAAACUUCUCUCCCAAUCAGACCAAGUUCACGGUGCAAAGAGCAGACCCCGUGUCGCGCUACCGCUUUACCCUCAGUGCCAGGACGCAGGUGGGCUCUGGGGAAGCAGUCACAGAGGAGUCACCGGCACCCCCGAACGAAGCUACUCCAACUGCAGCUCCUCCCACGUCGCCCCCGACCACGGUGGGUGCCACAGGCGCCCCCGCUGCCACCACCGAAGCCACAACAGUCCCCACCACCCCAAGUGUCGCACCUACCACCGUGGCCACGACUACAACCACUGCUGCUGCCACCACGGAGAGGCCUCCCACCACCACCUCCGGGACUAAGAUGCCCGAAUCCGCCCCCGACAGGCAGUCCAUAUGGAACGUCACGGUGCUCCCCAACAGUAAAUGGGCCAACAUCACCUGGAAGCACAAUUUCGGGCCCGGAACUGACUUUGUGGUUGAGUACACCGACAGCAACCAUACGAAAAAAACUGUCCCCGUUAAGGCCCAGGCCCAGCCUGUACGGCUGACAGACCUCUAUCCCGGGAUGACAUACACGUUGCGCGUUUAUUCCCGGGACAACGAGGGCAUCAGCAGUACCAUCAUCACCUUUAUGACCAGUACAGGUGAGAGGGGGUCUGGCCUGGCCACCCCCUGCAAGCAUGGGGCAUUUCAUUCCAUUCUCAGCUUCCUGCUUGUCUCUCCUCCUUUGAAAGAAGACUCAUCCCACCCAUUCCCCACCUUGCAUGGCGUGUCUCGACUCUUAUUAUACGUCAGUCCACAGCUCCCAGGAAGCCAAGAGGAGCCAGGGCGCAUGCACAGUGACGAGGAAGCACCCUUCUGA